AUGAGUGCUCUAAGCUCUAUCUCGGGGAUUGGGCUUCCGACACUCCUGGCAAACCCUGCUAUCACGGCUAUCACCCGCGUAGACAUCGACAACAACUACCAACAAACGGCAGAUUGGUGGCAAGGAGAUGAUUCAAAACGGUUCCCACUUUCUAAUAUCAAUUUCAAUAAUCCCUCUCCAAUUAUGGUGAGGCGACGAGACAUGGAGGCGUGCCCUUAUCCGCCGUUCACAUCUGACAUGCCCACGCCAAUUUCGUCAUCAGAAACAGCUUCGUCGGCCCUUGCGUCUACUACAUCACCUCAGUCCAGUAUGAUUACUCCAGCGCCAUCAUUAUCUUGCGAGCUACAUAAUCAAGACCCGGAUCGAGACAAAACUCAAGCUUUCUGUCUAUGUAAUGACUCGAUCACAUUGAGUCCAUUGCUUGCGUUAACUGCUCCGUCAGAAAGCUGCGCAUACACGAUCAUCCCGGCAAACAGCGCUUUUGAGACCGUCACAACAGCGGAAGAGACCUGGGCCUCUAAUUACUCUGCUUGUACGCUUAUUGGAGGCAUUGCGGAUGCUCUGACGUGCACAGUUAUUUCUGGCUGUACUCCAACAGUGGCUCCUAUGCCUACUAUUGCUGCGUGGGUAAGAAGUCUUUCCACCGUCGAUAUUGGCGACACCCAGGAUAGAAAUGGCGGAAAAGACGCGGUUAUGGAAAUAGUCACUAACUGA